UUUUAAAUAUACUUUAUCAAAUUCCUUACUAAGCACACGGCACCGUUAACUUUUAUUUUUUUACGACUAGCCAGGGGCACUCCGGCAUCAUUUACAAGCAUGUCCAACGUCUUUACAUCACAUUUAGACUUUGCUCGUCUUAAUAUAUUUCUUAUAAUGGAAUUAAGAUGUGUGAAUUGUUUAGCUAUUACUGCAUUGUUCGCGCUAGGAACACAUUUCGCUACACCCGCAAUGACAUCUGCUAAAUAUGUGACUGAGGAGUGAGUCUGCCUGAUCAGAGGGAGUAGGGAUGACCAGGGACGUUCUCUUGGUGAUUUGUAGGAACCAUGGCCCGUACCAAGCAGACAGCCCGUAAAUCUACUGGAGGCAAAGCCCCACGUAAGCAGCUGGCCACCAAAGCUGCCCGCAAGAGUGCCCCUUCUACUGGUGGGGUCAAGAAGCCCCAUCGUUACAGACCUGGUACUGUGGCCCUGCGUGAGAUCCGUCGUUACCAGAAGUCCACUGAGCUGCUGAUCCGCAAGCUGCCAUUCCAGCGCCUGGUGAGAGAAAUUGCUCAGGACUUCAAGACUGACCUGCGUUUCCAGAGUGCAGCCAUUGGGGCCCUGCAGGAGGCCAGCGAGGCUUACCUGGUUGGUCUGUUUGAGGACACCAACCUGUGCGCCAUCCACGCCAAGCGUGUCACCAUCAUGCCCAAAGACAUCCAGCUGGCCCGUCGUAUCCGUGGGGAGCGUGCUUAGAUGCCUACCUGAUUUACCUCUCCUCCCCUCACCAGUCUGCCCUCCCCCUCUCCUCUUAUGUUGGUAGUGAUUUAGAGAAACAAUGAUUAUGAUAAGAAUAAUGUGUAUAGUGGUGUUUUCUUAGUACUCUCGACAGCAGACUAUUAUAGGGUACUCUUUUGUGCAUGUACCUGCUUGUUGCUGGUCAGAUCCCCCACCAUCACACCAUCAAAUCAGAUGUUCCAUUGUCAUGAUGCCGUGUGGAGAGAUCAGAUAAAACAAGACAGGGAAUCUGACAUAGGUUGUGGUCGCAGGAGGAUGGGUUUGGGUUUUUGUCUGCAGAGUGGAGUACCUCUUUCUCUGCAGGGUGCUAGAACAACUGCCCUAGUCCCCUUCCUCCUUCCCCACUCUUCCAGUGAAAUAGAGACUGAGCUGGUAUCUUUCAUGGCAACACAUGAACGAGAGUCCAGCCCCCCCCCCCUUUGUGUGUGAGCGUGUAGAUUCUGAUCAGCACAGCAAAUUGUAUACAAUUCAAAAACAUCUCUGGAGCAAUUGUUUAUUACAAUAUUGAUCAUUAUCAUGGGUAUUAUUUUUUAUGCUUACGCACAUUUUUCAUAGUGGAUAAAAGAUUUGUGAAUGAAAUGGAGGUGGAUUCGAAUAAAAUUUUGUACAGAAAACAAAAUUGACGUAAGCUAUCGUUUCUACAGGUGUUGAAGCUUGUGAUUUGUUUUAGCUGUCGAAGGGGAUUCUAGAUUGUUCAUUCUCAUUUCAUUGCCUCUUAUAUUGGCACUAUUUUCCCUUUGUCUUUGAAUUCUCAAAUUUGGCUUCUGCGAUAAAUAAUUGGAGACAGCAUUUAAAGGCUUUUGCAAACAAAUAGUGAAUCCAGUGUUCUUUGUGAUCACUCCUGAGGGGCCUUGUUGUGAGGUUUAUGGAGCUGGUGGUCAAUGCUCUCUUGCAAACCAAAAACAGUCUAUUUGGUAAAGUGAUCAUGUAUGUUAAUGUUAUGUGAGCUGUAAUUGGAAUGGUCACGGAUAUUUAGACCUCCCCCUUUGCUUCUCAGGUUGUGUCACCCUUUUGAUUAAAAUCAUUUUUGUUUCUUAAUUGGAAUUUGAAAUGUUAAGAUGUUUAAAUAAAACAAUGUUUGUAAUUUCCAGAUUUCUCAUAUGUGGUAAUAAAUGGAUGUUACACACGUCUCA